ACUAAUGCGGUUUAAAUAUUAAAAUGGUAAUAUAAUAGUUUGGUAAAGUAUAUCACUUUACUAGUAGUUUCCAUAACAAUAGAUUUAUAUUAACAUAGAUUGUGUAUGAGGCGCCACCAAGUGGACAAUAUUGAUCUUUGCAGUUUUUACGGGCUAUUCGGUCAUCCAUUAACAGUCCUGCCUACAGGCGAGGCAAGUCAAUGAUUAUCGAUUUCAUCGAUCCAAAGUUCAUUCCAAAACUGAACCGCUUCGAUGCUUGCGCUGAAACAAUGUCCCUAAAAACAUUUGGUUCGAAGUUCUAUUUUUGGAGUUUGGCUUUCACUCGACGAGAUGCUGGCAAACGAAGUUAUUACAACAGCGGGGGCUCAAGAAUCUCCGAGCCGGGCCGGGCUGCUCAUGUCCGGGUUGUGGACCUCCGCAGUGAUACGGUCACUAAACCUGGAGCGGUGAUGCGCCGGGCCAUGGCCGAGGCCGAAGUCGGAGACGAUGUCAUGGGCGAAGACCCCACAGUCAACGAGUUGCAAAAGAUUGCAGCUGACAUGUUUGGGAUGGAGGCGGCUCUGUUUGUCCCCACGGGAACGAUGAGUAACCUCAUUGCAGUGAUGGUACACUGCAGGGAGCGCGGUGACGAGAUGAUUGUGGGCGACCUAUCCCAUCUACACAUCUACGAACAGGGAGGCAGUGCACAGCUUGCUGGCGUCCACUCGACCACGGCCACAAACCUCCGAGAUGGCACCAUGGACCUGGACCAGCUCGAAUCCAAGAUCCGCCAUGGCUACCCGGACCCUCACUAUCCUCGCUCACGCCUUAUCUGUGUGGAGAACACGCACAACAUACAAGGAGGACGUGUCCUGCCGCUACGGUUCCUACAAGAGGUGCGAGCUCUGGCCGACAAGCACGGCUUGUCGGUGCACAUGGAUGGCGCGCGUCUGAUGAACGCCGUCGUGGCGCUCGGCGUGUCAGCGGCGGACAUACUGCAGCACACGCACACUGUCAGUGUGUGUCUUUCUAAGGGACUUGGUGCUCCAGUGGGAACCAUGCUCGCCGGGCCCAGAGAUUUCAUUUCCCGGGCGGUGAGAUGCCGUAAAGCUCUAGGCGGUGGAAUGCGGCAAGCCGGCAUCAUAGCGGCAGCGGGAAAAGUGUCUUUGCUGGAGAUGGUCAAGAGACUACAAGAAGAUCACGACAAUGCCAAAACUUUCGCUCGAGCUUUACAAACGUGCGAGCCGCAGCUGUUUGACGUGGACUUGGCUGCCGUGGAGACAAACAUACUGCGCUUCGAAGUCCGAGAACCCGCCUUGAAUCCUGUAGAGUUCUGUGAGCGCAUGGCCCAGGUGGGGCAAGGGGAGGAGGAGGAACUGGGCGAGGGGGUACAAGUCCUCAUGUACCCUCAUUUUGGCAACUCAGUGAGAGCCGUGUGGCAUCUAGGGAUAUCGCCGGAAGACACGCAGAUGGCCGUCCGGAAAAUGCAGUUUGUCGCCCGUCAAUGCUUGGAGAAUAAACAGCAAAGGGACUAAUCCAGCCUACAGAACUUUUACAUAAUCAAGGGUGGCGUCAGCCCUAAUGUUUGUUGUUUUGUUUGAACGCUUGUUGAACAAAACUAAUUAAAUCAUUGACUGCCAUUGAGGUCUAGCAUCAUAAAUGGCAGCCUAUGAGAAUUUAAAAUUAAAUGAAAAUACCAUUUAGUAAUUUUCAGAUUAAUUUAUUUUAAGUUUUCAAAUAUAUUUUUAUAAUAUGGUUUUAUAAAUCGGUAUUUUUCAAAAGGUUUUUAUAUUGUACAUAAUGAUGAAUGGAUUAAAUUAUUGAAUCAUGCAAACUAAGUAAAAUAUAUUGAAUGAAUACAAUUUGAUUGUAUUUCAGAUUUGUAUUUAAUGAAAAUGAUGUAUUAUUUACAAUUACAGUGAUCCCUCGCUACUUCAUGCUUCAAAUUUAGUGCCCUCAGUCCAUCUCAGAUUUUUUUUUUCAAUU